UCUAAUUGCCGUAAAUUAUCGAUAACAAAUGAUUUCAUCUACCUGAAUGAUUGGGAGGACACGUACAGAGACAGUACGGAGCUCUGAGGUUGUUGUGAACUAACUUCAAAACUUUCAAAGACAUGCCAGGAAAGCAGAAGUCCUUCUGUUGGUGUUUUGGGGGACGGCCUCCAGAAAUCACAUACGGAAUAGAAAAUGGUGCCCCCCUUAAAGCUAUGGCGGUCGACGUACCAAUGCCAACAGAUGAGGACGAACUCAACGCAAAAUUUGACGAAAUUGUUGCGGAGUUAGAUGUGGACAAACCCCACAGAGAUGCCUUGUACAGUUUACCUCCGGAGAAGAAAUGGCAGCUCUACUGUAGCAGGGUACAGGACAGAGACAAUACCUCAGCAGACAGCUAUGUAGACAAAAUCAAAGCAUUAUCUCCUAAUCAUGUGACCUUUGACAUUGAGGAAGAAGAUGCUCGCCACAAACAAAUGGACAAUCUGAAAACUGCUCUCCGCACUCAACCAAUGAGUUUCGUGACACGAUUUAUUGAGUUGGAUGGCCUGCAGAGUCUCCUAAACUUCCUGGAAAAGAUGAACUAUGAGACACUACAGGGCAACACACACACGGCAGCAAUUGGCUGUAUUAAGGCACUCAUGAACAAUUCGCAAGGAAGAGCGCAUGUAUUGGCCCAUCCCAAUUGUAUCAACAUCAUUGCUCAGAGCUUGGCCACAGAGAACAUUCGAACCAAAGUGGCCGUGUUGGAGAUCUGUGGUGCUGUGUGCCUUGUUCCAGGAGGUCAUAAGAAAGUUCUGGAGGCAAUGCUUCAUUUUCAGAAGUUCUCAGCAGAACGUACCAGAUUCCAGACCUUAAUAAAUGACCUUGAUCGCAGUACCGGCAUUUACAAGGAAGAAGUGAGUCUGAAGACGGCUAUCAUGUCAUUCAUCAAUGCAGCACUACGAUACGGAUCGGGACAGGACCACCUCGAGUUCCGCUUACACCUACGUUAUGAAUUCUUGAUGUUAGGGAUCCAACCAAUCAUUGAAAAGUUGAGAAAACAUGACAAUGCAACACUGGAUAGACAUUUAGACUUCUUUGAAAUGAUGAGAAGUGAAGAUGAAAAACAAAUGGCAAAGAAAUUUGAAAAUGUGCAUGUGGACACAAAGAGUGCUUACGGAAUGUUUGAUGUGUUGAGGAAGAAAUUGACUAUGUCUACAGCUUACUCACACUUCAUGUCCCUGCUGCAGCACCUCCUCCUCUUCCCAUUUGGUAAUGACGCAAAUGUGGUAGCAGUAUGGCAGAUUGUUGAUCGGAUAGUCCAGCAAGUAGCAUUGCAGCAGAAAAGUGGACAGGACCCAGACUGUACAGUAGUGGAAAUGAAUGUCAAGGGGCUCAUACGACAAAUGAGUAGUGAGUAUGAUAUCAAAACAUGGCAGCAAAAGAUCAGAGAUUUGGAGAAAACUACAGAUGACCUUCAGAACAAAGUGGCCAAAAAGGAGAGAGAAUGUGAAAUCAAAGCUGAGGAAAAGGACGAACUGUCAUCGACGGUGACAAGGAUGAAGACUAAGUUGGAGAAGGAAAUGCAGGCACAGCAGGAAAUGAAACAGACAAUAGCCGAAUAUUCUGCCCAAAUAGAGGCUUUACGAAACCAGUUAUCUACUGAGAGAGGUGAGAGGCAAAAGCUGACACAUCUCGUGAAGACAGGCAGUCUUCCAGAUGAUGCUAAGGUGGGGCUGUCAACAGCAGCUAUCAUGGACAUAGGAACUAAUGGAAUAUUACCUGACAUUAGUUCUAUUGGGGCCAAGCCUUCAGGACCUGCCCCUCCACCUCCACCAGGUCCACCACCUCCUCCUCCUCCCCCCUCUGCUCCAGGUGCACCACCUCCACCUCCCCCUGGUGGUGGAAUCUCUAGCAAGCCAUCAGGACCACGGCCUAAAAACCCAAUGAAGUCAUUCAACUGGACCAAGAUACCAGAUAUGAAGCUAACAGGAACCAUUUGGUGUCAACUGGACACAAAAAAGACUCUGAAGGUUUUAGACCUGGAGGAUUUUGAGCACAAAUUUUCAGCCUAUCAGAAGAAACAGAAUGAUGAUGGUGAGGACACAAACUCCACCAAGACUAAGACCAAGGAAUUGUGUGUGAUUGACGGGCGCCGAGCACAGAAUUGUACCAUAUUGUUAUCUAAGCUAAAAUUAACCAAUGAUGAAGUGAUGAAGGCCAUUUUAUCUGUGGACUCCCAGGAAGACCUCCCUAGGGAUAUGGUAGAACAGUUACUUAAGUUCAUACCUUCUGCAGAGGAGAUCCAGCUACUAGCAGAACAUUCAAAGGAGGUGGAUCAGUUGGCACGUGCUGACCGAUUCCUGUAUGAGGCCACUAGAAUUUCCCAUUAUGAACAAAGACUGAAUGCAUUGUAUUUCAAGAAAAAAUUCCAGGAAAGAAUGGGUGACAUUAGGCCCAGGAUAAGUGCUGUGGUGAAGUCCUCACAGGACCUUCCAACAAAUAAAAAGUUUAAACAGUUACUGGAGAUAGUUUUGGCCUUAGGAAAUUUCAUGAAUCGUGGACAAAGAGGAAAUGCUGGCGGGUUCAAGAUAGAAAGUCUUAACAAGAUGUUGGACACAAAGUCCAGUGUGAACCGGAACAUCACUCUUCUUCAUUAUAUGGUGGAAGUGAUGGAGAAAAAGUUUCCUGCCUUAUUGAAGUUAGAAGAAGACAUGAGUUGUUUAAAGGUUGCUGCUAAAGUCAAUUUGGUGGAGCUGGAUAAGGAUAUUGCUGUGAUAAAAGCUGGCCUAGAAGAAAUAGAAAAGGAACUGGAUUAUUUCCGAAACCAACCUUCUCAGGAUAGACGUGACAAAUUUGUGAAUGUGAUGAAUGACUUCAUUUCUGUGGCUUCCUAUAAUUUCUCUGAGGUGGAGGAACACCGAGACGAAAUGCUUCAGAAAUACAGUAAAACAUUGAAGCAGUUCAGUGAGGAGGAAGCCUAUGGUAGCAAACCCGAUGAGUUUUUCAGCAUUAUAGAUUCAUUUCUUUUCUCUCUAACUGAAGCCAAGACAGAGAACGAGCGAAUAAGAAAACAAAAAGAAGAAGAGGAGAAAAAAGCUCUUUUUGAAGAAUCUAUAAAGAAGGAGCGUGAGAGACUUCGGAGUAGGAGAGCUGACAGCCCAAUCCGAAAUGGUGUGGAGGCAAAGAAAUCUAACAAAGGUGAAUUUGAUGAGCUUAUAUCGGCACUAAGAACAGGUGAUGUGUUUGGUGAUGAAUUCAAAGCCAGGCGAAUCAGGAAGAAACAAACACCUAACAAAGAUGACACAAGGGAGAGAACUGGUCCAGUGUCAUAGCAAUGUUUACAGGGGAGACAACUCGUAUUGAUGAGUGUUCAUAAGUUCAAAUGGAGAUGAAAAAGGAAAAUUUUUAUUUGUUCACUUUCGUUUAAAGAAAUUGGCCAUAGAAGCUACUCUGCAUGAUUCUGUGUCUGGUUGGUGAAUCAAGAGUAGAUGGUACAUAAAUCUCCAUUGAAUCAGGUUGGCUGAAUUAGGGAAUUGUUCAUAUGUUUUUAUGAACUUACUUAUUUCUUUGGCUAUGCUAUAAAUGAGACUGUCAUGCGACUUUGAGGGGUUAUAAAAUUAUCGAGACUUAAAAGCUAAUAUUUCAAACUUCACUUGGAAGAUUUUUCCACCUAGAAACAUUA